AUGUUUGUUGUGGUGGAAGUCAUACGGGAAGGACCAAGAGAAUGGAGCAGUUGGACUGAGUGUAGUCAGACGUGUGGAUACGGUGUUGAAUAUCGACACCGCCCGUGCCCGCGGGGAGAUCAUGCGGAGUGUGACGUUUCAGAACUGGGACAGCUGAAUAGAUGUAAACUCCAAGAAUGUCCAAUUCACGGAGGAUGGAGCCAAUGGACAAAUUCAUCUGUGUGUUCUUCUCCAUGCGGCUACAGGAACCAGACCAGGAGUUGCACUAAUCCGAUUCCUGCAAUUGGGGGAAGAAAAUGCACGGGAGGGUCAUCAAAACGGAUCCGAUGCUUGGGCCUUCCUGAUUGUGAAGUGGAAUCUAGUAGCCUACAGUCUUCUUGGGCACCUGAUAAUAACAGUCAGCACCCAACAACUCCAGAGGUAGUGGAACCAGAAGAGAGUCCAAUGGAGACGAUCCCUUAUCCUGCAACUCCGGGAAACAUUGACACAAGCGAAGGGAUAUCAUGGGUCACCACUGGCGGUGUCGCUGUGAAUUUUGAGCAUUAUAAUGCUGGAGAGUUGCAAGAUGGUCGCCCCACUCCUGAUUCGGGCAACUUUAGCAUGUUUUCACGGAUCAGCACUGGUGAUUCUGCAGAUCAUGUGAGUUCUUUUGAUGCUAGAGAGUCGCAUGAUGGUAGCCCGCCUACUACUGCGGGCGACAUUGACCCCACUUCUCAUGAGGGUAAUCCUGGCACUAUCCCUCAGGGCUCCGGGGAUUCUAACGCAGGAGAUCAAGAUGGUAGACCCACUCCUGAUCCGGGCAACCUUGCUUUAUCGUGGAUCAGCAUUGGUGAUUCUUUGAGUUCAGCUGAGGAUUCUAAUGCAGGAGAGACUCAAUGUGGUAGCCCCGUCCUGAUAUGGGCAUCCUUUGCAUGCUAUGGAGCAGCACUCGCGAUUCUCUGAAUUCUGAUAAGCAUGAUAAGGAGACACAAUAUGGUAUAGCCCCCUGUCCUACUUCGGGGGGGAGGGGGGCGUUUCACAAAGAUUUAAGUAUGACUUAAGUCGCACUAAAAUGGCAAUGAAAAUGACAUUGUCAAUCGUUGUCAUUGACCAAUGCGGUCAUGCUUUUUAUACAUGCACGCAAAUUGACAUUUAAGCGCGACUCUACUUAAAUCUUUGGUAAAUACCCCUGGUCAUCCUUGACGAUGGGGAAUUGGAACUACGAGCGAUUCCUAUAUAUAUAUAUUGGCACAUAAGGUCCAAGCUAUAGUCCACCCCAAACAAUUGACUUGAAUAAAUUGAGAAAUCUAACAAACAUAGCGCUGAAAAGUUAACCAGAAUUAGAUCUACCGUAUAUAAUAAGAAAGGUGUGUCACCAUCAGAUACUCUGGUAACAAGAUCAGUGUUUUACAUAAAUAUGAACCGGGGUCCCGUAACACAAAGGUUAGCGAAUAAUCGUAGGCUUGAUUUUCACGAUUUGUCGUCAAUAAAAUCAAUCGUCAAAAAAAUGUUAUACGACGAUUGCUAAGCUUUGUGUUGCUCGCCCUUAGACAUGCUGUAAGUAGAAAUCAAUUCAUUGAACAUUGAUAUAUUACUUGCUUCCUUCGGGGAAGUAUAGGAGAAGUAUAAAUUCCAGACUUCCUUACGUCCAUAUUUAGUGUUUUUCUUGUUCGAUUUUUUUUCUACUUAUUUGGAAAGGCUGAACCUAUAUAUACCUGUUUCAAAACUUGGAAUAUUGAAUUUGUGUGAUGACAUUAUACUAUCGAUUUACUGGAUCGUUCUGAUGAAUUAAUUCGUAAUGGUUAAUUCAUCUUUGAUAUGUAUAAGGAUUGUCCGAAAAUGUGUUUUUCGAUUUUGCUGAGAAUGAUUUGUAUGAUUGUGUAUUACA